AACCGCUGUGGAGUAGAGAGGUACAGCCUCUUGCUCGAAGUCAACGCUAUGGGAGCGAGCUUUCUGAGUGAGAGACGAGCGACAUGAGUUGCAGCUGACUCCAUAAUAUUAACAACAAACCUGUAAUUCGGCAGCUAUUUUAAACGACCUUUCUUCAGUUAUUUGGCGCAUUUCGAUUUGUUCAACAGACGUCGGGUCGACCUACCAGUAAGUUUAUAGUACCGGGAGCUAAAUCUUGACAAGUGUUUCUAAACUGGGGAAACCGAAGCAGGAUGUACCAUGAAGACGGGGCAAAUUCACUCAGGCCACGAUAUGGAUCCAUUGUGGACGACGAGAGGCUCUCGGCCGAGGAAAUGGACGAGAGGAGACGGCAAAACAUCGCCUAUGAAUACCUGUGUCACCUAGAGGAAGCCAAACGGUGGAUAGAGGCGUGUGUGGAGGAGGAGCUCCCGCCCACCACGGAGCUGGAGGAAGGCCUGCGCAACGGAGUCUACCUCGGCAAACUCGGCAAGUUCUUCGCACCCAAGAUGGUGUCUGAGAAGAAGAUCUACGACCGCGACCAGUCCCGCUACAGGAGGACCGGACUUCACUUCAGACACACAGACAACACAGUGCAGUGGCUCAGGGCAAUGGAGUCCGUUGGUUUGCCCAAGAUCUUCUACCCCGAAACGACAGAUGUGUACGACCGCAAAAACAUGCCCAAGGUGAUCUACUGCAUCCACGCGCUGAGCUUGUAUCUGUAUAAACUCGGAAUCGCCCCUCAGAUCCAGGAUCUCCUGGGAAAGGUGGACUUUACAGAGGAGGAGAUCUGUAACAUGAGGAAGGAGCUGGACAAGUAUGGCAUCCAGAUGCCCACCUUCAGUAAGAUCGGUGGCAUCCUGGCCGACGAGCUGUCAGUGGACGAGGCAGCACUACAUGCUGCUGUAUUUGCCAUCAACGAGGCCAUAGACAAGGGUCAGGCCGAGGGUACCAUGAAGGCCCUGAGCAACCCCAACGCCAUGCUGAGGAACACACAGAGCGCCCUGGCUCAGGAGUAUCAGGAUGCCCUCAGCCAUGCCAAGAGGACCAAAGAGGACCAGACAUCGGGGCGGCGGUCAUCCAUCGCUACUGAGGAGAGAGAUGUUUACGAGGAACUGCUCACACAGCAGGAGAUCCAGAGCGCUAUCAACCUUGUGAACACACAAGCAGCCGUGCGGCAGGUGAACCAGGCCAUCGAUGCCUGGGAUGAGGCUGCGCUCCUGGCAGCACUGAGGAUGCCGGCCCUGGGGCUGGUCGGGGUCUCCGAACCCAACGCCCGCUGGUACCUGGACCACUUCACAACGCACAAGGAGCACAGAAAUCAGGAUGCCGGUUACGCCGUGCAGCUGGAGAGGGAGGAGAUCCAGAGAGUCGUCAGCUCCUGCAACGAAUGUGCUGAUGCUGACAAGAGAAAGCUGGAGGCCAUAGUUGCCAUCAACGCAGCCAUUCGUCUGGGUAACGCGGAGGAGACAGUGGAGCAGCUGAUGAACCCUGAGGCGCAGCUGCCCAUCGUGUACCAGAGCGCCGCGAAGCUCUACCAGGACGAGCUCUUCAGCCUGCAGAUCCAGGGCAGCAGGAGCACCCCUGACCUCACACAUGAGGAGUUGAGCGUUGCCGUGGAGAUGCUGUCGGCCGUGUCGGUGCUGAACGAAGUCCUGGACACCAAGGACCCGGUGGCCGUCACCGAGCUGCUGUGUGACUCCCCUCUGGGUUUCAGCAACCUGGACCACGAGAACAUGCAGAGGUACGCAGACACGCUGAUCACACUGAGGGUAGAGGCUUUAGCACUGGGCCAGGAGUUCCUCACCUGGAACGACGUCCAGAAGUGCAUCGACACGGUCAACCAGCAAGUCCACGAGGAGCACGAACGAGUCAUAGCAAUAGCUGAGAUCAAUGAUGCGCUGAACUCAGGUGACAUGGAAAAAACUCUCGCUGCCCUCCUGUUGCCCACUGCCAAACUGCAGGGUGUGAAUCCAGACACAGCCAAACACUAUCACGAUGUACUGCUGCACACCAAGGACCUCAUAUGCAAGAGCUCAGGGGACGAGUCGGCUGUGUUGUGGCUCGACCAGAUCCAGGAGGCCCUACACACUGCCAACCAGGAGGGGGAGGAAGCACUCAGACUGGCGGAGGCAGUGGCGGACAUCAACCAGCGGGUGGCAGAUGGAGAUAGCCAGAGCACACUGCAGGCACUGCAGGCCCCUUGUGCCGCUCUGCGAGGAGUCCUGGCCGAAUGUGCAGACGACUAUCAGUCAGAGCUGGCCAAGCAGCAGGCUCUCAACGCUGCUGAAGGUGGCGAUGAUGGUGUUUGGGUGAAGCACAGAAUAAAGGACAGAUAUGACUACUACUACAACAUACAAACCAAAGAAGGGACCUGGAAUGAACCAAAUGAGUUUGUGCACAACACCUCACAGCUUACCAAAGAGGAAAUACAGAGCACAGUGGGAGGUGUGACGGCCGAAUAUAACAGGGAGCAGCUCUGGGUGGCCAACGAGCCGCUCGUCAUCCUGCUCCAGGCUCGGAUUCGUGGGUACCUGGUGAGGAGGGCCCAGGCUGAGAGACUACGGUAUCUACGGCAACAGGAGCCAAGUGUGGUCAAACUGCAGGCUUCUUGGAAGGGACAUAAACAGAGGAAAUCCUACAAAGAGAGACUGAACACACUUCAAAGCAAUGUGGGCUCAGCAGUUAAGAUUCAGUCUUUGGUGAAAAUGUGGAUUGCCAAAAGCAGGUACACUAAAAGGCUGCAGUACUUCAAAGACCAUGAGAAGGAGAUUGUGAAGAUCCAGGCCUUCUUAAAAGCAAACAAGGCUAGAGAUAACUACAAAACACUCACUGGGGCCCAGGACCCCCCUCUGGCAGUGGUGCGGAAGUUUGUACACCUCUUGGAGCAAAGCGACCUGGAUGUCCAGGAGGAGCAGGAAGUGACACGGCUCAGGGAGGAAGUGGUCACCAAAAUCCGUUCUAACCAGCAAAUGGAGAAGGACUUGAAUUUGAUGGACAUUAAGAUUGGCCUGUUGGUGAAGAACAGGAUCACACUACAGGAUGUGGUGUCGCACAGCAAGAAGAUGAAGAGCAAGAAACACAAGAUGAGCAGUGAGGGCUUGGCCGUGGGGGCCCGACAGGGCAUUAAGGGCCUGAACAAAGGCAAGAGGAGGCGACUGGAGGCCUACCAGCACCUCUUCUACCUGCUACAGACCAACCCAUCCUACCUGGCCAAGCUCAUCUUCCAGAUGCCUCAGAACAAGUCCACCAAAUUCAUGGACACGGUGAUCUUCACCCUCUACAACUACGCGUCCAACCAGCGUGAGGAGUUCCUCCUGCUGAAGCUUUUUGAGUCAGCUCUCCAGGAGGAGAUCAAGUCUAAAGUGGAUCAGAUCCAAGACAUUGUGACGGGAAACCCCACGGUUAUCAAGAUGGUGGUGAGUUUCAACCGAGGCGCUCGCGGUCAGAACGCCCUGCGCCAGCUGCUGGCCCCCGUGGUGAAGGAGAUCAUCGAGGACAAGAGCCUGGGCAUCAACACCAACCCUGUGGACAUCUACAAGGCCUGGGUCAACCAGCUGGAGACACAAACCGGACAGGCCAGUAACCUGCCUUACGAGGUGACUGCUGAGCAGGCUCUGUCCCAUGAGGAGGUACGGACCAAACUGGAUUCGUCCAAUCAGAUGCUGUGCACGGUGACGGACAAAGUGCUCAGCUCCAUCACUUCCUCACUCGACAACAUUCCCUAUGGCAUGAGAUACAUUGCAAAGAUCCUGAAGAACACGCUCCACGAGAAGUUCCCAGACGCCACGGAGGACGAGCUACUGAAGAUCGUGGGGAAUCUGCUCUACUACCGCUACAUGAACCCGGCCAUCGUGGCGCCGGAUGGCUUCGACAUCAUCGACAUGACGGCGGGCGGGACACUGCACUCGGACCAGCGGCGGAACCUGGGGUCUGUGGCCAAGAUGCUGCAGCACGCCGCCGCCAACAAGUUGUUCGAGGACGAAAGUGGCCACCUGACCUCCAUGAACCAAUACAUCUCACAGACCUACCAGAAGUUCAGGGUCUUCUUCCAGGCUGCCUGUGAUGUGCCCAUCCCCGAGGAGAAGUUCAACAUGGACGAGUACUCGGACAUGGUGACGCUCAGCAAGCCCAUCAUCUACAUCUCUGUGGACGAAAUCAUCAACACGCACUCACUUGUUUUAGAACACAAAGAAGCCAUUUCCCCCGAUCAGAAUGACCCCCUGCAUGAGAUUCUGGACGACCUGGGAGAGGUGCCGGACGUAGAGGCUCUGCUCGGUGAGGGGGCCAUAGACCCCAAUGACCCCAACAAGGAAAGUGUGCUGACCCAGCUGGCCAAGACGGAGAUCUCCCUGAACCUCACCAACAAGUUUGAGCUGCUGGAGGGAGACGACAAAGACACAAAGGGCCUGAUGAUGAAAACCAAGAAGCUCAUUGUGGAUGUCAUAAGGAUUCAGCCUGGAGAGACCCUGACUGAGAUCUUGGAGACCCCAGCCUCUCCUGCGCAGGAGGUGGACCACACUAAGCUGGUGGAAAGGCGCGCGGAGCAGGACGCCAAUGCUCCAGAGGGCCUGAAGAGCACCCAGGCCGCCCUGGAGGACCGCCAGCUGCCCCUGGAGCAGAAGAAGAGGAAGAUUACCCGCAACCUGCGCACCCUCGAGCAGGCCGGCCUUGUCCGCGGCUCCAACAAGUACCAGGACGUCAUCAAUGAAAUCUCCAAGGACAUUCGGUACCAGAGGCGCUAUAGACAAAGACGGAAGGCCGAGCUGGUUAAGCUUCAACAGACACUGAGCGCCCUGAACUCCAAGGCAGCAUUCUAUCAAGACCAGAUCAACUACUACGACACUUACAUCAAAACAUGCUUGGACAACCUGAACAGGAAAAAUGCUCGUCGCUCCAUCAAGCUGGACAGAAAGGGGGAUGAUAAGGGCAGCCGGAAGUCCAAGCAGCAGUCCCUCAAGUACACUGCUGCCAGGCUCCACGAGAAGGGCGUCAUCCUGGAAAUCGAGGGCCUUCAGACCAAUCAGUUAAAGAACAUCAUGUUUGACAUCUCCCCCUGUGAGGAAGUUGGGGACUUUGAGGUGAAAGCCAAGUUCAUGGGAGUGGAGAUGGAGAAGGUGCAGCUGCAUUUCCAGGACCUGCUGCAGCUGCAGUAUGAGGGAGUUGCAGUCAUGAAGAUGUUUGACAAGGCCAAAGUCAACGUCAACCUCCUCAUCUUCCUUCUCAACAAGAAGUUUUAUGGGAAGUGAAUGGAUGUGUGUUUGUAGGUAUGCACAUGUGUGUGCAUAAGGUGUGUGUGUGUGUGUGUGUGUGUGUGUGUGUGUGUGUGUGUGUGUGUGUGUGUGUGUGUUGUAUGGACACAGUGUGUGUAACUGGAAAAUCUUAAAGGUGUCACCUAAAGAGGUGGGGUGAGUGUAUGCUCACAAGAAAUGCCAAAGAGGUCACAUAUCAUUUAUACCAAAUGCUUGGUGAUGUGAUUGGAAUGUGCCUUUCCAUCAAAGCAAUUUUGUAAACAAGACAGAAAAAUGUUGACGUUUUAGAUUAAUGUGGUAUUUAAUAAAUCAUUGAAUAUUAAAUUAUAUGUUUUAAAUGGUAUAAUGCUAAAGCUAGAAAUCUAACAAGGUAGAUAAUACCUGACGUUAAUCUGGCACUGGUUUAAAUAUUUUAUGUUUCUCAUUUCUCCUGUCUACUUCCAUCAAAAUUAAGUGUGUUGCACAAUAAAAGGUUAUUAGGUAUUGUCAAAAGGUUUAUCAAUGGCACAUUGUUUGUUUUGUUCUAAAGUCUGUCACUUUGUUUCUCACUGGUUGUAUGUGUGACAUGAUUCAAUCAACCAUUUUGUCAUUUAAUGUCAAUACUUCUUUGGUCACUUGUAAAAAAAAAGGAAAAAAGAAAGCGAUUUUAAUGAACUGCAUAACGCACUACUGCCUCCUGCAAUGGACCGUAAAAUAGUCACUGGAGUUGAACAUUUCCUGCUGUAUCAGACUGGCCUGUGGCAAUUCUCACACAACUGGUGCCUUGAAGCUCUUAUCGAAGAAACUGAGUAUGUUUUAAGUAUAUAUUUGACGUGUUGUCUUUAGAAUGUAUGCUUUUAAACAUAACUGUGUCGACGUGUUGUAAAUUAAACUGAUUGUAAGGAUUUAUAAAGGAGACAUCUUUAAAAAAAAAUAAAAAAUAAACUCACUCUA